CCCUCUCCGGAAGAGGGGGCUCUUGUCGCCUUUGCAAGAGCUGCCUUGGUGUCGCCUUCUCCGCUGGAGUUCACUGUCCUCUGAAGACAUCGCUGUUCGUUCCACGGGUGAGCAGUGGGCAUUGCUGGAUCCUGACCAGAGAACGGAAGUCAUAGAGAAGAAUCGUGGGAUCAUGGCCUCUCUUGGUGGUGAUGAAUUGGAAAUGAGGAACAAGGGAGACCAUGAUGAAAUUCACACAGAGGAGAAACCGUAUAAAAAUUUGGAAUGUGGAAAGAGCAUUCAAAGUUCCCCUUCAACUUCCCAUCAAAGAAAUCCCAGUGGGAAAAAACCCUACCAGUGCUUGGAAUGUGGAAAAAGCUUCGGUUGGAGGGCUCAUCUCACUGUCCAUGAGAGAAUUCAUACAGGGGAGAAACCAUACAAGUGUGUGCAAUGUGGAAAGAGCUUCAGUCAGCGGGCCAAUCUCACUACCCAUCAAAGACUUCAUACAGGGGAGAAACCUUAUCAGUGCUUGGAAUGUGGAAAGAGCUUCAAUGAAAAGGCAAAGCUCACUUCCCAUCAAAUAAUUCAUACAGGGGACAAUCCUUAUCAUUGCUUGGAAUGUGGAAAGAGCUUCAGUCGGAGUGACUCUUUCACUUUCCAUCAAAGAACUCAUACAGGGGAGAAACCCUAUCAGUGCUUGGAAUGUGGAAGGAGAUUCAGUCAGAAGGGAAGUCUCACUUCCCAUGAAAGAACUCAUACCUGGGAGAGUCCACAUAAAUGCUUGGAAUGUGGAAGGAGUUUUAGUCAGGACUCCCAUCUAAUUUCCCAUCAAAUAAUUCAUACGAUGGAGAGACCAUAUAAAUGCUUGGAAUGUGGAGAGAGUUUUAGUCAGGAGUCCUUUCUCACUUCCCAUCAAAGAACUCACAGCAGGGAGAAUCAGAUUCCCCAAGAAUCGUUGGAUUGUUGCAUUGGGUUGGAUGGUGAGAGUCAUCUGCUCCAGCCACCUGCAAUGAAGGAUAUUCAACAAAAGCAUUCAUGACAGAUGGCCAUCUAACCUUUGCUUAAAAUCCUUCAAAUCAAGAAGAUUCCACCACCACCCUGAACUUGUUGGUUCCACAGUCAAACAGUCAGAAAUUAUUCCUGGUGUACACUCAGAAUCUCCUUUCUUCAAUUCAUUGGUUCCAGAAUUCAUUCCACCAGAACAGGAAAAAGCAAGCUUGCUCCCUCUUCCAUGGCACAGUUCUUUAGAUCUUGGAAGAUGGCUAUCACAUAUCCUUCUCCACCUCCUUUUCUCCAUAAUAAACAUCCCCCGCUCCAAUCAACCGUUCCUCAUAAGGCUUGGUUUUGAGACCCUUGAUCACCUUGGUUGCCCUCUGUUGUAGCUGGAGUCUCUCUUUCCACCCAUCUUUCUUUGCCCUUGUUUCCUAGGCCAUGUGGAAAUAGGCCUGCAAGGCAUGGAAAUGGUCUUCCAGACUUGCAGCCCAAAUGGUUUCUGGCCUCUUCAGGAGAGAGAGUUUGAUGUCGGGAGAGAGCGGUGGGAGUAGUGAAGGAGGUUUGGUUAGAUCAGUAGAAUAGGAACAGCAUAAUAAAGCCUUUUAAUGUUUUAAUAAAAUAAAAGUAACCGGCACAUCUGAAAGCACAUGCUUAUGUACACAAAGUUACUUUGUACUUCCUGUUUAUGUUUUAAUAACACAGUUAUACUGCACAAGACAUGUCAUUCCUUGCUAUGUUGGGGGUGAAGUGUUCAUAUAUGAGUUCUCUAAGGUGACACUGGGAAUCAAGGGGGUGUUUGGUGAAAGUCCCCUUGAAAAAAAGUGGGAAGGUGGUGCAGGGAGGUGUGGGCACUGCCAGAGGACCUCUGAGUGAUGGCAAAGGGGGCACAACAUGGGGAGAUAAACUAGACUUCUUCAUGGGACAUUAUGAAGUGUUCAAAGUGCUUCAUAAAAACAAAGUCUCACAACCGGUGGACCAGUAUCAUUUUUCCAGUACUGCAGGAAGAAAAUGGAUGGAGAGCGGAGAAGGGUGUGAACCAGGGACUCUCUUCCUUGCCCCCCCCCCAAAAAAUAGUCUGAUUUUUUCUGUCUAUUUGACACUGGUGGUCCGAGGCCUUUGCUGAUCUGUGUUAGGUGCUGAUCUUUUAGCCUUUGAUCAUUGUUGCUUUCUUAAACUGACUUUAAAGGGGGGCUGUUCUGGAGGGGGCACUGAGCUAUGUCUGCUGCCUUAAGCUGGAAAGGUGCCUGUGACUUUGUCCUCAUUUCUGGUGCAGAAAGGAAUUUCUGUGAGGGAUGGGCAGGCAAAAGAGAAGAAGAGAGAAAACAACCCACGGUACAAAUGCCUUAUAAAUUGCUGCAAUGAGAUUUGCUCCAACAGAAUUUAAUCUUGUUCUUUCAGCAGGAGCUUUUCCGGUUACAAACGUUGUGCGUUAAUAUACGUAACAUUUCCCCAAGAGCUUAUUAUCAUGCAAAACUAUAGACCAAGUCUCAAGAGCAGAAUAGAUUUAGGUUUCAUCUGGGACCCAAAAUAAUGGAUAGAGAUCAAAGGAUUAAAAGGAGAAGAAAGGAGAUUGCAAGGAAAUACUGGGCGUCCCUCCAUGGGCAUAGCAAAGAGGGGGCAGGGAGGGGCUUUUGUCCCCCUCAAUAACAAUCCAUAUAAAUGGAUAGGUAGCAGGUUCUGCCCCCCCCCCAAAAAAACCCUGGCUACGCCCUUGGCUCACUCGGAAGCUGAGGUUUCUGAGCUUGGAGAGCCACCUGUCGUGGCUGCUUCUGCUGCGAUUCCUGCCUCGCAGGAGGAGGUACCCCAGGUUGGGACUCCCUGCAAGUUCUGGCAGAGCCCGUUCCCCUGCCUGCCAGUUGCU